UCAUUAAUUCAUUGUCUACUGACGCAGGAUAUAUAUCUACGGUCUCUGCACACGCCGCUAUCGCUUGCAAUCGUGACCCCCCCUGUUUGAGGCCCCUGCCAUGCCCGCCAAGUUGAGGGUAGCAAUUAUCGGCGCCGGGAUCGGUGGCCUCACCUUCGCAGUCGCUCUGCAGAAGCUGUGCAAGGACGUUGAGGUCGUCAUAUAUGAGGCAGCGUCACACCUCGCUGAAAUCGGCGCUGGAGUGGGUCUCUGGCAGAGGCCCUGGAAAGUCAUCGAGGAACUCGGGCUGGCAGACUCGCUCUUGCCCCUCGUGAACGGUAAUCCAAUGGAUGGGUGGCAGAGCCUUGAGUACCGUAAGUGCGAUCAACCGCAAGGCGUCUCCUUCUGUGAGGGUAUACCGAAAGCGGGCUUUGCCAGCCUCCACAGGGCGAAAUUUCAGCAGUUCCUCUUCGAACGCGUGUCGCAAUACCAUACAGUCAUAUUCUCCAAGCGACUGACUUCGUAUACCGAGCUGCAGUCCAAGGACAUCCUCCUUAACUUUCGCGAUGGGUCAUCUGCAACGUGCGACUUACUGGUUGGGUGCGAUGGCAUCAAGUCGACAGUCCGCAGCGUCCUAUACCGUUCCUUGGCCGGGGAAGCGAGCGCUGGCGGUGAUGAAGCGGAAGCGGCUGAACUUCGGAAGCACGUAGAGCCGGUAUGGAGCGGUACGGUGGCCUACCGUGCUCUCAUCCCAAUGGACGCACUGGAGCUGGUGCAUCCAAACCACCCCGCAACUCAGCGAGCCAUGCUUUGCUUUGGCAAGAAUAAGCACCUCGUGCUCUACCCCCUCACGCGUGUAAACGCGAUCAAUGUAGUCGCCUUUGUCUCUCAGCCUGAGCUCGAGGAGACGAUCUACGAGGGCCCAUGGGUUCGAUCGGCCUCAAGGGAAGAAGUCACCUCGCACUAUGCGAACUGGGAGCCUGAAGUCAGGAGCAUGUUGAACUGCAUCAACGAAGUGUCUCUGUGGGCCAUUAGCACGGUGCCCUCUCUGCCGACUUAUUUCAGUAACGGUGUUUGUCUCUUGGGCGAUGCGGCCCACGCAAUGACGCCUCACCAAGGCUCCGGCGCAGGUCAAGCUAUCGAGGAUGGGUUUAUCCUCGCAACCCUCCUUACGCAACCCGGUGUCACUCGCGACACCCUGCCUGUCGCACUCCAAGUCUACGACGCUCUUCGGCGCCCGUUCUCCCAAAACGUAGUACAGCUCUCGCGCAGCUCCGGCAUGAGCUACCGCCUCAACUGCCCUGGCUUCGAGGCGCUGACGGAAGAGCAGAGCUACACUGGGACAAUCUCCCCUGCGCAGCUAGACGAGGUGGGAAAGACGGUAAUAGAGUUGACCAGUUGGAACAGGGAUACGUCCAUCAUGACUGAUCGUGAUAGGGCACUGGAGUCGCUCGCUGCAGCUCUCAGAGUGGUAUAACAUAUUGCCCCAUUCGCCUGCCAGUGGCAGUGUAUACUGCCGGUUCUCAGUGCGCACAACAGGAUGCAGUAGUAAUUCAGGCUGUACAGGCAAACAUCAAUAUUGUAGUACUUAGCAACGACGUGAUAAUCCACACAACAUGAUCUCCAAUAUGAGCG